AUGUUCGCCUUCGAUGCCGUCUUCUCGCACGACGAUUCGCAGACGGAAGUUUGUUCGAGUGCACUCAGUGACGUCAUCCAUGCUGUCAUCAAUGGUACUGAUGGGUGCCUCUUUUGCUUUGGUCAUGCAGGUUUGGGUAAAUCCUACACGAUGCUAGGCACACCCGAAAACGCCAACACUCUUGGAAUAAUACCCUGUGCAAUAUCAUGGCUGUUUAAAGGAAUAAACGAACAAAAACAGAAGACUGGUGCUAGAUUUUCCGUCAGAAUUUCCGCAGUGGAAAUUUGUGGUCCGACCAAUCAGCUGAAGGAUCUGCUUGCGGGAUAUUCAAAUGAUUCCGAGCAAUCUCCCGGCGUCUACCUCCGCGACGACCCGCUGCUGGGCAGCCAGCCACCGCCCUGCGAGUUGCGCGUGCCCUCGGCCGAAAGGGCCGCCCGCUACCUCGACGCCGCCCUCGAGGGCUCCAAGGACGCCAAGGACAAGCACCUGCUGUGCACGCUGCACGUGUACCAGUACAGCGUGGCGGGAAAGGGCGGAGUUGCUGGCGGUAGAAGCCGCCUCCACCUGUUCGACCUAGGCAACUCGGACCGCUCCAAAGCGGGCGGCGGCAUCCCACUCUCCGGCCUCGGCAACGUCUUGCUCGCCAUCUUCAACGGGCAGCGCCAUCUGCCCUACAAGGAGCACCGUCUCGCCCGGCUGCUGAAAGACUGCCUGGGCUCGUUAACGUGCCACGCGGCCAUGAUUGCGCAUGUGUCGCCAGCUGCGAGCUGUUAUUCGGACACCCUCACCACCGUGCAGCUGGCCUCCAGGGUGCACAGAAUGAGGAGGAGGAGGGUGAAGUUUGCUGGAACGGGCGCGGGGAACGGGUCUGGAGGAAGUUCAGGUGAAGAGGCAACUAGAACAACAGGAACUAGCAGCGAACCAGAUCCAUCUAGUAGUGAUCUAUCAGCAGACACAGUCAUCUACGUAGGAAGAACGGACGAUGCCACUGAUGGCGAACAUCCUCCUGUAUAUAUUCCCAGCCUCAACUCUGGAGACAAUCGUUGCUCGAUGACCAAAGCCUUGAGAGGAUCCAGUGCCGAACAAAAAACAAGCCAAUCACCGAAACACCAGAAAUCGGAAGAAAAAACCACACCCCACCGUGCCUCUGUCAAGUCUUCACAAAACAUCAAAACAUCCCCAGCGCACACUAACUCACCGAAACCAUCUCCCAGCAGAAUACCCUCUCUAAAAUCCAAGACUGAACCAAGUAAACUCUCUUUGAACGGCUGCAGCGACGAACAAUGGAUAGACGGCCCAAGAAUCUCCAAAUCCAAAGUCGCAGAAGCCCUCCACCUCAUGAAAGAAGCAUGUCACGUGAAAAAAUGCGAAACCUGGAUAGACGGACCCAUGCAACAGGAAAACCAACUCGCCUACGGCUACAUGGACACUCACAAGAAAAACAUGAUACGGCAAUGGGUGGAGCACCAAACGAUCCAGAUACAGAAAACCAAGCAUCCGAGUCCAAGGGUCGCAGAAAUAAGAUCCGCGAAGGAUCCUCCAAAAGAACUCACCCAGUUCAAAUGUACAGAUGACAAGGAAGACACCCUGAGCCCAAAGAAGCUCAAGUCCAAUCAGAUCGUACCAGAGGAAACAGAGAAAGAGUUGCUGGAAGAAGACAUGGAGGAUGAUGAAGAACCUGUACUUCCUCCAGCACUUCCCUUGAUCCAACCACUGAGUAGCCGAGAGGUAUCCCUGGAAAGUCUCGAUCAACUGCUGAAAGAAAGAAUGCUUUCCAACGCCGAGUACAAUAACUACCAAAAAUCUUCAUUCGAAGAAGAACUAGAUGAUGAUGAAGUGCUGGAAAUCAUAGAGGUAGAAGAACCUUUGGAACCCGUGCCGACUCAAGACUCCUGUUUACAAGUCACAGAAGAAGACAUCGCCUUUUGCAUGGGCUACACCGAAAACCCAUUGCCAGAAGUCGACCAAGAGAACCCACUGGAUCAUCCCCUGAGGAUACUCAGCCAAGAAAACCUCACCGUGGUCUCAACUUUCACUGACUCCAUGUCUGUUUUCAAUGACCUGGAAAGACUUUUGCCUAGGUACCAAGCUGACCAGCGCAGUUUUUACCACGACUACGAAGAUCCUGAUAAUCCUUACUCAAACAAUGGUAACCCGGAUGAGGCUUCCUUGAAGAAGCUGAACCAGCUUACGAGGCUGCACGAGCUCUACACUGAUAGGCUCGCCCAAGCCAACCUUUUGAGCUCAGAAACAUAUCGGAAACAAAAACAAGAAAAAACCUUGACCAGAUGCGAAUCCUUAACCCUUACAGACAUGCUGUAUGGGGAGAAAAGAGGCAUGAAUGAUGAUAGCAGCAUCUACAGCGAGCCAGCUUACCUGCAAGAGAAGUUCUGCGAGAACUGCAAAGUGAAUAUGUCGAGACCCAGCUGUCAAGACACUUACUUGUUUAGCAGUACCAGGAACUUGAGAGAGAGGAGCUCUCAUGAGCUGAGCAGUAGGUUCCAGAGAUACAACCACAAGUACAGGGACAACUUGGAGUACCUCCGCCACCCUGACGGAGCUUCCAACCCCAAUCUGCGGGACGAAGCAGCCGGCAGACUCCCUGGAAACGGUGCCUCUUCCACUGAAGUCCUCCCAGAAUCCAUCACUUCCCAGCCGUUGCCACCCCCCAACAGUCUUCCCUCCGUGGAGAGAAUCUCCAGGGCGAUUCUCAGCUUGGAGACGGGGGUGACGGCUGUCAAACUAGGGCAAAAGUCUGAGGGGUAUGAUAGUGGGCAUGAUUCCACCCCCAGGACUUCCAAGCAUAGUCCUGCUGCUAUUUCCAGGAGGGCUGAAAGCGGGUACGACAGCAUAGUGAGGGACAGCGAGAGUUCUAGCAUUGAUUCUGAGCCUAGCAGGUUGUCCCAUUGUCAGGGCAGAAGGGGAAAGUGCAAGCACAAGCACGACAAGUCUUUUUGCUCUUGGUUUCUGAAUCCUUUUACGUGCAAGUAUAUUGAUGAGCCUCCGGAGACUCAUUUCUAG